AUGCGUGGUGUUACUGAGAGGACGCCUUUGACAAGGCGUAUGGAUUCGCCCGAUUACGUCGAAUUCGCCAGCGUCUUGAGGAAUCGACGAGCACGCCUCCGACAGUUCCAAUGCUGUGUCUGCGGCAUCCUGAUAGUGGUCUUUACCAUGGCUCUGGUAGUGUCCAUUAGUUACUCCAUGAGUCACAGCAAUUCCACUGAACCGGCGAUCGACAAUGCGACGUCUCCCGGCAAUGUGAGAAGUAUCUUGAGAUUAGGGUUCGCACCGGGCUCUACCUCGCACGCGUCUUUCAGCAGCACGAGUAGCGCAACGAUUGAACCUGUCCUGGUACCUGGCGAGGACACCUCGAUGAAAAGUCUCAGUCGCCAAGAAUACACGCAAGGAUUGCAGGCUGGUGAGCAGGCGAUGAGAGAGCGUGUGUUCGCGGAUAAGAUUGCGGCGCAGUCACCAUUACCGUCUCCGUCGCCGGAAUCCAGACACCGCUAUGCUGUAAACACAUGUCGCAACGUUAGCACCCUUGCCUUAGCAGCGGUGGGUGAAAUCGCGGCGACGAGGAAGAUUGAGAGUAUGAGAUCUACUCGCGAUGAACCAUCGGCGAUCAACGCCUUCUUCGACAGCGGCUGGGUACCGAGGAGCGUGUGCGAACGAUAUUCCGGCCGCACUUGUAGAAUCGGUAAAUACAGAACCAUUGACGGUACGUGCAACCGGCCGCGUCAAUGGGGCUCUAGCAUGACACCCUUCAGAAGAGUCUUGCCGGCUGAUUACGCCGACGGAAUCGAAUCGCCUCGAAGGGCACGCUCUGGUAAAGAGUUGCCAUCCGCCAGGGAAGUCAGCCUAAAGGUACAUGGACCCUCACCUAGCAGUAAUCCAUCCUUCACGGUGAUGUUAGCUGUGUUCGGCCAGUUCUUGGACCACGACAUCACCGCCACUGCAUUGAGUCAAGGUGUUAACGGAAGUUCCAUAGCAUGUUGUCCUCCGUCGAAACGACACCCCGAAUGUUUCCCGGUACAAAUAGGCACCGGCGAUCCUGUGCACGAUCUCACCGGUAGGAAAUGCAUGGACUUCGUGAGAUCAGCGCCAGCUCCGCAGUGUAAACUCGGCCCUAGGGAGCAGCUCAAUCAAGUCAGCGCAUUCAUCGACGGGUCGGCGAUUUACGGUUCUGAUGCGGCUACUGCCCGUGAUCUGCGCGAAUUCACCGGAGGACGCUUAAGAAUGCAGCUGACAUCCGACAACAGGACUCUGCUGCCGCCGAGCAGGAAUCCCAACGACGGGUGCAACCGAGAAUCCGAGCGACGUCGCGGUCGUUAUUGCUUCGCCGCAGGUGACGCCAGGGCGAAUGAGAACCUGCAUUUGACGACAAUGCACCUUCUCUGGGCCCGACAGCACAAUCUUGUCGUCGGGCACUUGGCCGCGAUGAAUCCCACUUGGAGCGAUGAGAAGCUCUACCAAGAAGCACGGCGUAUUGUCGGCGCUCAACUGCAACACAUCACCUAUCGCGAGUUCCUUCCCAUUGUCUUGGGUGACAGCAAGAUGAACGAACGUGAUUUGAAGUCCUUGAGUUCGGGCUACAGAAAGAGAACGGAUGACCCGGAUGAGCCGAGCAACAAUCCAACGAUAGCCAAUCACUUCGCGGCCGCGGCUUUUCGUUUCGCUCAUACCCUGCUACCGGGAUUGAUGAGGAUGACGGAUGUCGAGAAGGGCAUGUCGUCCUAUAUGGAGCUGCACAGAAUGCUCUUCAACCCGUACAUCCUCUAUUCCGAAGACGGUGUCAGGCGUUCGGUGACCUCUGCGACGAACAACUAUAUUCAGAGAUACUCCACGCAUGUUACCUCGCAGUUGACCAGUCACCUCUUCGAAGACCCCGUGGGCAACUCCACGGUGGCUUGCGGCCUUGAUCUGGUCUCGUUGAACAUCCAACGAGGACGAGAUCAUGGAUUACCGGGAUAUAUUAUGUGGCGGGAAUACUGCGGCCUGGGAAAGGCACAGUCAUUCGAUGAUCUCGAACGCUACUUGGAUCGACAGGCUCUGCAGCAGAUAUCAAUUCUGUAUGAGUCCGUCGACGAUGUAGAUCUAUAUACAGGUGCGUUGGCGGAAAUGCCGGAGUCGGGCAGUCUGGUCGGACCCACGUUUGCGUGCUUGAUCAUCGAUCAGUUCGUGCAUCUACAAAAAGGCGAUCGUUAUUGGUAUGAGUUUGCUGAGCAGCCUUAUGCUUUCACUGAAGAUCAGCUUGAGGAGCUGCGGAAGAGUUCGUUGGCGAAGUUGAUAUGCGACACUUCCGACGGUAUCACGCACGCCCAAAUGGAAAUUAUGCGUUCUAUUGGUCAUGACAAUCCUAUAAUAUCUUGCGAGGACAUACCAGGAGCCUCCUUUGCGCCGUGGAGAGAAAAACGCAACUCCUACGCCACGCGAAGCAAUAAUACUGAAGUCUUAUAAAUAAAGUUUACACAUAUAUAUAUAUAUUACAUAAGAAGCGUAAGAAAAUCAAACUUGCAAGCAUAUAAUUAUUUACAAUUGAACGUGCUGUAUAUUCUUUCAAGCUAUAAAGAUGUCUUUCUAAUAAUAUUUUAAUAUGUCUUAGGGAUUUUAAGACGCUAUAAUAUUGUCUGAGGAGAAUCAGAUUCGAGUAAUCUUCACUACAGACUAUUUUUCGUAGCAGCAUGAACGAGAUAUUAAUUAUAUUUUGCAAGUAUUUUUUUGCGAUAAACUUCGUACGCGUUUUGAUAGUUCUUUUAUACCUUU